UGACAGCCAACAUGGCGGCGGAGCGGCUGCGGUCCCCUCGGUCCGAGUAACAGAAACAUCUGCAGCUUCUGCAGCUUCUCUUCGUCUCUCCCAGAGGAACCGGAUCCCGCUCAUAAACUGUUCUGAGGACAUGUUGAGAUAGUUCUGUACCGGUACCGUCGCGAGGAGCCGCCGCUAGGAGCACCGUUUUCUCCCGCCACAGCAGCCUAGCGGCUCCUAGCCCGUUAGCAGCUAACUAGCAGCUAACUAGCAGCUAACUAGCAGCUAACGGCUAACCGGCGGCUAACCGGCUCUAACCGGCCUCACCGCCCCCACCAUGGCCCCGGUGCAGAUCGGCUCGGAGGGCCAGCUGGUCCCCCUCGGGGGGCCGGUGGUGUCGGGUCCCCAGCCCGCAGCAGGAGCCCCGGCGGCCCAGGGAGUCCGGCUGAGCCUGCUGAUCGAGUUCCUGCUGCAGAGAACCUACCACGAGAUAACCCUGCUGGCAGAACUGUUACCCAGAAAAACGGACAUGGAGAGGAAAAUCGAGAUAGUCCAGUUUGCGAGCCGCACGCGGCAGCUGUUCGUCCGCCUGCUGGCCCUGGUGAAGUGGGCCAGCAACGCCGGCAAGGUGGAGAAGUGCGCGAUGAUCUCCAGCUUCCUGGACCAGCAGACCAUCCUGUUUGUGGACACGGCCGACCGGCUGGCGUCGCUGGCCCGGGACGCUCUGGUCCACGCUCGCCUGCCCAGCUUCGCCAUCCCCUUCGCCAUCGACGUGCUGACCACGGGGUCGUACCCCCGCCUGCCCACCUGCAUACGAGAUAAGAUCAUUCCUCCAGACCCCAUCACUAAGGCGGAGAAGCAGGCGACGCUGAGCCAGCUCAACCAGAUCCUCCGGCACCGCCUGGUCACCACGGACCUGCCGCCGCAGCUAGCUAACCUCACCGUGGCCAACGGACGUGUGAAGUUCCGAGUGGAGGGCGAGUUCGAGGCCACGCUGACGGUGAUGGGAGACGACCCCGACGUUCCCUGGAGGCUGCUGAAGCUGGAGAUCCUGGUGGAGGACAAAGAGACGGGGGACGGCCGAGCUCUGGUCCACAGCCUGCAGGUGAACUUCAUCCACGAGCUGGUCCAGGCCCGGCUCUGUGCAGACGAGAAGCCCCUGCAGGACAUGUACAACUGCCUGCACUCCUUCUGCCUGUCGCUGCAGCUGGAGGUUCUGCACUCUCAGACGCUGAUGCUGAUCAGGGAGCGAUGGGGAGACCUGGUGACGGAGGAGAGAUACCUGCCGGCCAAGUUCCUCACGCUGUCCGUCUGGAACCAGCAGGUUCUGGGCAGGAAGACCGGUACCGCGUCCGUACACAAGGUGACCAUCAAGAUCGAUGAGACGGACGGAUCCAAACCUCUGCAGAUUUCCCAUGAGCCUCCUCUUCCUGCCUGUGACUCCAAGUUAAUGGAGCGGGCCAUGAAGAUUGAUCACCUGUCAGUGGAAAAGCUUUUGAUUGACAGCGUUCACGCUCGUUCCCACCAGAAGCUCCAGGAGCUUAAAGCCAUUUUAAAGAGCAGCAACCCCAGUGACAACGCGUUCAUCGAGACGGCUCUGCCCACGCUGGUCAUCCCCAUCCUGGAGCCGUGCGGCCGCUCCGAGUGCCUGCACAUCUUCGUGGACCUGCACUCGGGCAUGUUCCAGCCCAUGCUGUACGGACUGGAUCAGUCCAUGCUGGACGACAUCGAGAAGUCCAUCAACGAGGACAUGAAGCGCAUCACGUCCUGGCUGCAGCAGCUCAAGUUCUGGUUGGGCGAGCAGCGCUGUCGUCAGUCUGUCAAACAUCUUCCCACCGUCUGCACGGACGUCCUCCAUCUGUCCAACUCGUCCUCCCACCCCGUGGGCGGCCUGUCCAAGCACAAGCUGUUCAUCAAGCUGACACGCCUGCCGCAGUACUACAUCGUGGUGGAGAUGCUGGAGGGGCCCGGUUCUCCCACGGCGCUGCAGUACCAGUACUCCUUCCUGUCGGUGACCCAGAUGGACGGGGAGGACGGACCGGCGGCUGCUCAGCUGCUGCAGCAGUUCAAGCCCAACCUGGAGCACCUGGUGCAGGACACGGGGGGACGGGACCGACCCGGGGCCAAGAGGAAGAUCUCUAGAGACCAGGGAGAGCUGGAGCCCAAGAAGCCCCGACGGUCCGGGGAGAUGUGUGCCUUCAACAAGGAGCUGGCCCACCUGGUGGCCAUGAGCGACACCAACAUGCCCUUCAUCGGGCUCAGAGCCGAGCUGUCCAACAUGGAGAUCCCCAGCCAGGGCGUCCAGGUGGAGGGAGACGGCAGCAGCCACGCCAUCCAGCUCCUGAAGAUUCCCGCCUGUAAGGGCGUGGGGGAGGAGACCCGCCGGGCCCUGCAGCGCUCCCUGCUGGACUGCACCUUCCGGCUGCAGGGACGCAACAACCGGACCUGGCUGGCCGAGCUGGUGCUGGCCAACUGCCCGCUGAGCAGCACCAGCAGCAAGGAGCAAGCCUCCACCCGCCACGUGUACCUGACCUACGAGAACCCUCUGUCGGAGCCGGUGGGAGGACGGAAGGUGGUGGAGAUGUUCCUGAACGAGUGGAACGCCAUCAGCCAGCUGUACCAGUGUGUGCUCAACUUCUCCCGGGCGCUGCCAGACAUGCCCUCGUACCUGAGCGUGUUCUCGGAGGUGCGGCUCUACAACUACAGGAAGCUGGUUUUGUGCUACGGCUCCACCAAGGGCAGCUCCGUCACCGUCCAGUGGAACUCGGGCAGCCAGCGCUUCCACCUGGCCCUGGGAACCGUCGGACCCAACUCAGGCUGCUCCAACUGCCACAACAUCAUCCUGCACCAGCUGCAGGAGAUGUUCAACAAGACGCCCAGCGUGAUGCAGCUGCUGCAGAUUCUGUUCGACACGCAGGGCCCCCUCAACGCCAUCAACAAGCUGCCCACGGUGCCGAUGCUGGGCCUGACUCAGCGCACCAACACGGCCUACCAGUGCUUCUCCAUCCUGCCCCAGUCGCCCACGCACAUCCGGCUGGCCUUCCGCAACAUGUACUGCAUCGACAUCUACUGCCGCAGCCGCGGCGUGGUGGCCAUCCGGGACGGAGCCUACAGCCUGUUCGACAACACCAAGAUCGUGGAGGGCUUCUACCCGGCCCCGGGUCUCAAGACGUUCCUGAACAUGUUCGUGGACGCCAACCAGGACGCGCGGCGGCGCUCGGUGAACGAGGACGACAACCCCCCGUCCCCGGUGGGCGUGGACGUGAUGGACAGCCUGAUGAUCCAGCUGCCGGCUCCGCAGCAGCCCCAGGCCCUGAGGGGGGGGGCGGGAGGGGUGUACCCCCCCCUCACGUCUCCCCCGCCCAACUACCACGCUAACGUAGCCCCCUCGCCGUCCAUGAUGCCCACGCAGUCCCCAGGGAACAUCCACGCCGCUGGCUCCCCCAGCGGGGCCCUGAGGGCCCCCUCGCCCUUCGGCCCCACCCCUUCUCCAUCGUCCCUGGGCAUAGCCAUGGGCCAGACCAGCUUUGCCAGUCCCCACGGCCCGCUGGACCCCAGCUCCCCGUACCCCAUGGUGUCCCCCAGCCACCGGGGCCAGUGGCCCGGAUCCCCGCAGGUCUCGGGGCCGUCGCCCGGGGCCCGGAUCCCGGGCAUGUCCCCCGGAAACCCCUCGCUGCACUCGCCCAUCCCUGACCCGCACUCGCCCCGCGCCGGGACCGGUUCCCAGGUCCUGCCCACCAGCAUGCCCCCCCCCCGUAAGCUACCUCAGCGGCCCUGGGCUGCCUCCAUCCCCACCAUCCUUACCCACAAUGCCUUGCACGUGCUGCUGCUGCCGUCGCCCACGCCCUGCCUGGGCCCCGGCCUGUCGGGCAGCUACCUGUGCUCUCCGCUGGAGCGUUUCCUGGGCUCCGUCAUCAUGAGGCGACACCUGCAGAGGAUCAUCCAGCAGGAGGCCAACCUGUCCAUCGUGAACUCCAACGAGCCGGGCGUCAUCAUGUUCAAGACGGACGCGCUGAAGUGCCGCGUGGCGCUGAACCCCAAGACCUACCAGACUCUGCAGCUGAAGGUGACGCCGGAGAACACGGGGCCCUGGUCCCAGGAGGAGCUGCAGGUGCUGGAGCGCUUCUUCGAGACCCGGGUGGCUGGUCCUCCCUUCAAGUUCAACACCCUGAACGCGUUCACCAAGCUGCUGGGGGCCCCCACCAACAUCCUGAGGGACUGUGUCCGCAUCAUGAAGCUGGAGCUGUUCCCCGACCAGGCGGGCCAGCUCAAGUGGAACGUCCAGUUCUGUCUCACCAUCCCGCCCAGCGCGCCCCCCAUCGCCCCCCCCGGGACCAUCGCCGUGGUGCUCAAGUCCAAGAUGCUGUUCUUUCUGCAGCUGACCCAGCGGGUCCCGGUCCCCCAGGACCCGGUCAGCAUCAUCGUCCCCAUCGUGUACGACAUGGCCACGGGCCUGACCCAGCAGGCCGACAUCCCGCGCCAGCACAGCUCGUCCGGCGCCGCCGCGCUCAUGGUGUCCAACAUCCUGAAGAGGUUCAACGAGCUGCACCCGGCCCGGCAGGGCGAGUGCACCAUCUUCUCUUCAGUCCACGAGCUGAUGAUGAACCUCACGCUGCCGCCUGGAACCCGCCAGUAGAACCGCCGACCCGGAACCCUUUACCUGGAACCCUGGACCCGACCCGGAACCAUGGACCCAGAACUACCGACCCGGAAUCAUCGACCCGGAACCACCGACCCGGAACUAUGGACCCGGAACUAUGGACUCUGAACCCUCGACUCAGAACCCUGGACCCGACCAGAACCGGAGACUUGCAUUUGUUAGCACACUAUUUAAUUGCCUUUGUUUAUAUCUAUUUUUAUUUCUUUAAUACUGUAAAACUGUGAGAACUUUCUACGCCAGUUGUAUUUUAUUACAGCGUUUUGUCCUGAAGGUUCAGGAACCUGUUGUUGCUGUUUAAUAAAAACAAGUAGCUUUGUGA